AUGCAUCUUGCUGAGUAUCUCUUUCGUCGUAUUCACCAACUCGGUAUUGAGUCGGUCUUCGGUGUCCCCGGUGAUUUCAAUUUGACAUGCCUCGACUACGUUGAUACAUGUGGGCUAAGCUGGGUUGGGAACGCCAAUGAACUCAAUGCUGGAUAUGCAGCCGAUGGAUACGCGCGCAUAAGAGGAAUAUCGGCGAUCGCAACUACCCUAGGUGUAGGGGAGCUCUCCGCCAUCAAUGCUAUAGCAGGCUCAAGCGCUGAGCUUGUACCUGUGAUCCACAUCGUUGGAUACCCGUCGACAACAGCCAUGGAUAAGGGAGACUUACUGCAUCAUACACUGGCAGAUGGAGAUUUUGGGCGAUUCGCCAAAAUGAGCGAAAAGAUCUCAAGCGCCGUGGUGAUCCUGAAAGACAAGUCAACUGCGUCGAAAUGCAUCGACGAGACUAUCACCGAGUGCUACCGCUCCAGCAAGCCUGUCUAUAUUGGAUUCCCCAUGGAUCUCGUUCAGGCGGAAGUAGACCCAUCUCCGCUUGAGCGUCCACUGGGCCUCGAAGAACCCGCAUCCAAUCCCAUGGCAGUGGAAGAGAAUGUCGUGAAUAUGGCUCUCGAUCAGAUCUUGGGAGCCCAGAACCCGAUUAUCAUUGUUGAUGGUUUGGGCGGCAAACCACAAGUCCUGAAGUCGACCAGAUCAUUGGUUGAGAAGUCGGGUCUGCCUUGCUUUAUUAUGCCGAUGGCCAAGGGCAUCGUGGAUGAAAGCCUAAUCAACUACCGCGGUGUAUACGCAGAGAGGAUCUCGGAACCUGGUGUGUUCGAGCAAGUCCAGCUCAGUGAUCUGAUCUUAGUGAUUGGACCACGUCCGACAGAUCUCAAUACAGCGGGCUUUAUGACAGACAUGCCUCAUAUUGAGACCAUCAAAUUCGGACGUGAUACAGUGCAGAUGCGAGGUCAAGAGUUUACUAGUCUCAAAAUGAGUGGCGUUCUCACCAAGCUCAGUGAGGCCUUUGAUGGUCGCAUGUCACCGUCCAACUCCUCGGCAUCUACGCCAGCACGCGAAGUCAGCGUCACUUCUGAGAGAGAUAAUUCAGUCUCGUCCGCUUCCACGCUGUCCAAGGGAAGCAUUUAUUGGGAUCAUGCACUUGACUUCCAGGGCGGUAUUCUCGACAAGUCAUCUCCCCUAACACAAGAAUGGGUCUGGCAACGGAUCAGCACCUGGCUAGAGGAAGACGAUAUUAUAGCCGCGGACGUUGGUACUUCGCUCUUCGGCACCACAUGGACCCGAUACCCACGAGGAGUAGUCUUGCUAUCGCAAUACCUUUGGUGCUCAAUUGGAUACGCAGUCGGCGCAGCCGUAGGAGCUGCUAUAGCCGCACGCGAAGAUGAGGAAAAGUCCAACGCCCUUCGCCGACGCACUAUUCUUCUCACGGGAGAUGGUAGCCUCCAGAUGACUGCACAAGAGGUCAGCACUAUGGUCCGCCGGAAGCUCCCGAUUAUCCUGUUUGUCGUCAAUAAUGAAGGCUACACAGUUGAACGUAUAGUCCACGGCGAAGAUCAGGAGUAUAACGAUAUCCAACCCUGGGACUACAAGCUACUCCCUACUGUCUUCCAAGCCGCACCUGAUACCGUACGUACCUAUGAUGUUCGGACCAGGGCCGAGUUGGAUAUGCUUCUUGCCGAUCCUCAGUUUGGACCUGCUGAGAACUUUGAUAAGAAGAAUCCGGCCCCAUUGCGACUUGUGGAGUUGCAUAUGCCGAAGGAUGAUGCACCGGUGUCUCUGCGUGGCAUGAUUGAUGCAGUCACAAGACGGAAGUGA